AUGCCCCAACGUCAUGCUGACAAGCACAAUCUGCCGAAGUCGGGCGCUGAUGUCUUGGACGAGGUUGAGAAUCUGUCAUUGAGGACACCCACGAGGGUGUCGACGUCGUACUCUGGCGUGUCCCCGGUUGGUUCUAAUGACGACACCAGCUUUCAUCCUAUUCCUUUUCAGGGAAACAUAUUCAAUGGUGAGGAUGCAGAGGACGAGAAUCUAUCUCUGAGUAUGCCCAAUAUGGGCAGUACGCGUCAAUGGUUGACUCCUCGAAUGGCAAGACGGAAUUCAGAAACCACAUUGACUCAGAAGCGUCCUUCAAGGAGUUACCUUCUGUCGCCCAAGAAAUGGUUUGCAAGUGGGAAACGAAAGAAGAAGAAGAGCUUGGUGGUGGAAGGUCCAUAUAGCAUUGAGUAUUCGGUGUUCCGACCUAUUAAUUACUUGCCACAAAUCAAGUCAGAGGCUGACCUCAAUGAGCAUUUGGUAAACAUCUUGCGACAAGAGAACCCGAGGCAAGCAGCAGAGCAACCACCUGAAAACUUCAUCAGUGCUAAUGAUUUUGAGGCAUUGGUAUCUGCAAUGACCCAUGAUGUCGAACAUGACUCGGAAUUGAGGCCUGUAAGAAUCAGCCAGGGCUCUCUGGGAAGUUACUUUGUGAUUGGCAAGAGAGAAAAGGUCCUAGACAAUGACUCAGGAUAUACCCUUGAGAUUUAUAAAAGAGGAAUAUUCAAGCCAAAGGACGAAGAACCAUAUGGCCCCUUAUCGCCAAAAUGGUCAAAAUGGCUACAUCGUACAUUUUUUCCAUGUUUCUUUGGUAGAGCUUGCCUCAUCCCAAACUUAGGCUAUGUGAGUGAAGCAGCAGCUUGUGUGCUUGAUAGACAGCUUCUUUCGUUUGUUGUCCCGCACACAGACAUCAUUUAUUUGAAAUCCAGAGCAUUUUAUUACACAUUCUGGGAAAGGGUACGCUCAAAGCCACCAAAGUUUAAAAUUGGCUCCUUUCAGAUGUUUCUCAAUGGGUAUAUUGAAGCUCAGCAAUUUUUCAGCUUACAUCCCUUACCUACUGACAUUGAAAAACUUCCCACAAGCAAGGUCAUAGAGAUUGAACUGCCCCAGGCAAUCGAAGAGUUAGACCUACAAUUUCGCUGGACGAAGGAAGUCAUUCAGCAGUUCCAGGAGCAGCUUGAAAAAUUGGUCAUCCUUGAUUAUAUUAUGAGAAAUACGGACCGCGGUGCUGACAAUUGGAUGAUCAAACAGCACUACUUGCCACUUCUCACUUCUAGUUAUUGGUGGGAACAAACAAUUAUCAAACUUAGAAAUAUCUUUGAACAAGAUGCGGAUUUCAAAGAAAGGAUGUGGCUCAAGCAAGUUGCCGUGUUGAAGGGCCAGGCCUUCAACCUAGUAGAAGUGUUGAAGUCACCACAAGCAGGUCCUUUGGAGCUCACUCGAAGAGAGAGUCUUCUAAUUUGGGAUGAUGAGAUGCAUGUACCUAUUCAAGUCAACAACCGAGUCAUGAGUAAUGCUUUGGAAACCAGCAUUUACGAAGUGACCUCUGUGUCCGCAGAACCACAAUCGUCGAACAAUGAGACUACACCACUUCUAGAACCUCCUAAGAAAUCAAAAUCAGACGCUGGAAGUUUGAAAAGUGCUUUUAGCGAGAGUGAGCCUAUGCGCCCAUGA